CUAACCUAACCUGGUCGGAAGCAGGUUUUAUUUAGUAAACUCAGAGUUUCUGGCAGUCUCCUUCCCUUUUUUUAAUGAGUAGCGGUGUCUUUUUAGUUUAUUUAGUACAUUCAUUCAUCGUGUAGAUUUGUAUUAUCCACACUGUAAAACAUUUUUAGCUGUCUUUAAGUUAUAAUCAAAUUGCGAGUGCGCAAGUCAUUUUAACAUACUACUUUAUAUAUUUUAUAAUAAUAAUAAUGUAUUUUAUUUGUAAAGCACUUUUCAUAGUUAAAAACAAUCCCAAAGUGCUACAGAGUAUAAACAAAUUUAAAAGCAUGAUUGAAAAGAUAAAAAGAAACCUUUCUUAAAAGAAUCCAUGGCUUGAGGAGCCCUUAGGUUGUCUGGAAGAGAAUUCCAAAGACGACUUGAUCCCCAAUAGUGCAGGGGUUGAAGAAGGGCUUUGUUUCCAGUGCGGAGGUUGCGUGUUAAAUAGUUCCUUUAAGUAGGGGGGUGCUUUCCGUGGAUGCAUUGAUGGGCAAGUAGGAUGAUUUUAUAAUUAAUCCUGUAUGAGACAUGGAGCCAGUGGAGUGAGUGAAGGAUCAAUGUCGAUGAUAGUUGAAUGUGAUAUGGGCUAUAGGUGGGCUAUAAAUUAAGUUUAAACACAAAUAAUUCAAUAAAAUUCUUUAGUAUAAAGGUGAAUAUAGUUGCCUAUAAUAGAUAGAUAUCGACACAUUCAUCCAUCCAUGAUCCGUCAUUACACCAAUACACUCUCAAUCACCCUGAAAUAAAAAAAAAAUCCUCCAUAUAUCAUUAAGGGGUUUGAUUCCCCUCCAUUUUUUAGGCCUUGACUACUACAGAAGCCACACAUGCAUUUGACCCCAAGGACUACAUCAAGUCAAUUCACACCCAUAAAGUGAAAGUGAUUGAGACCUUCAGUGAAGCUCCUCCUACAACAAUCCACCAAUAAAUGCUGGAGUCAAACACACAGAGAAAUCACUCCAUGUGUGACAACUGAAAUCUUCAUGACAUAAUGUUGAUGCUGGUGAAAGAGGAGCUUGAGAAGAUGACAGAUCCACAACCAUGCAGAAUAAAGGAUGAAGAUACUGAGGAACAAAUAGUUCACACCCAUAGAGUGAAAGUGAUUGAGACCUUCAGUGAAGCUCCUCCUACAACAAUCCACCAAUAAAUGCUGGAGUCAAACACACAGAGAAAUCACUCCAUGUGUGACAACUGAAAUCUUCAUGACAUAAUGUUGAUGCCGGUGAAAGAGGAGCUUGAGAAGAUGACAGAUCCACAACCAUGCAGAAUAAAGGAUGAAGAUACUGAGGAACAAAUAGAUUUGAUGGAAGUGAAAGAGGAGAGUCAAGCUGAAGUGGAUGAGAAACAUCAGAUUGUUAAAAUAAACCAUAAUGUUUCACAGAAAGAAACUCUGAAGACAGAAGACAUAAAGUGUGAAAAUAGUUUCAGAGAAGAUGAACGCCCUGCAGAUCACAAGAGGACUCACAGUGAGGAGAAACCUUUCACAUGUCAACAGUGUGGAAAGAGUUUCAGAAGAAGAGAUCACCUUAACACACACAUGAGGAUUCACACUGGAGAGAAACCUUUCAAGUGUCAACAGUGUGGAAAGAGUUUCACCUUUCAAACAGGCCUAACCCAGCACAUGAAAACUCACAAGGGGGAAAAGCCACACGCAUGCCAUCAUUGUAACAAGAGUUUUCCAUAUACAGCUGAACUUAAGAUACACAUGAGGUCUCACACUGGAGAGAAACCAUUUAAAUGCCAUCAUUGUGACACAAGUUUUCCAUAUACAGGUCAACUUAAGAUACACAUGAGAAUUCACACUGGAGAGAAACCUUACACUUGUCAUUUGUGUGGAAAGAGUUUCAGAACAAAAUCUGACAUUAAAGCACACAUGAGGGUUCACAAUGGAGACAAACCACAUCCGUGCCAUCACUGUGAAAAGAGUUUUAUAACUGCAGGUAAACUUAAGAUACACAUGAGGACUCACACUGGAGAGAAACCUUACACUUGUCAUCUGUGUGGAAAGAGUUUCAGAGUUAAAACUAACCUUAAGAUACAUGCAAGAAUUCACACUGGAGAGAGUCCGUUCACAUGCCAUGAGUGUGAAAAAUGUUUCAGAAGUAAGAGUAACCUUAUAGCACACAUGAAAAUUCACACAGGAGAGAAACCUAACACAUGUAUUGAGUGUGGAAAGUGUUUCAGUUUGGAGUUUCACCUUAAGAGACACAUGAUGAUUCACAGUGAAAAGAAACCUCACGCAUGUCUUCAGUGUGAAAAGAGUUUCAGAGAUAAACGUGGACUUGAGGCUCACAUGAGAAGUCACACUGGAGAGAAACCUUACAUAUGCUCUCAGUGUGAAAAGAGUUUUACAAGUGAAGGCACUCUUAGAUCACACAUGAUUGUUCACAGAGGAGAGAAACCGUUCACAUGUCAACAGUGUGGAAAGAGUUUUAAAAUGAAUCGUGACCUUAGAAGACACGUGAUAAUUCACACAGAAGAGAAACCAUACGUGUGUCGUCAGUGUGGAAAGAGUUUCAGGACAAAACCAAACCUUAAUGCACAUUUGAGCACUCACACUGAAGAGAAACCGUUCACAUGCCAUGAGUGUAAAAAGAGUUUAAAAACAAAAGCUACCUUAACAAACACAUGAGAAUCCACACUCGAUAGAAACCAUUCAUGUGUCAACAGUGUGGAUAUGGCAACAAAGUUUAGAAAUCAGCUGAGGUCUUAUUAAUAAAACUGUCUGGAGGAUCUUUACUAAAAGUCUACAUGCGCACAAAAGCCAAAAAUAGCAUACGGCAAAAAAGAUUCAGGCCGUUUCUCAAUAUGCGUUCUUGUCUGUACUUGUGAAACGUCAUUAGUUGUGGCCCAAGUACUGUUCCAAUUCCAAGUUUACAUAAUUUAUUGUGUUACAAGUUAUUGAUCCGUUCAUUUUAUUGAGGAUGCAUCAGGAGGUGACUUUGUGGACUUACGACAUCCAUGUUUCCCAGAAUGCAUUUUGCAUCAAUCGCAAUGAAGUUUAAAACCUGCACAAUAUUUGAAAUAUUACUCUUUCUGUGUCAUAAAAUGUAGCCGUUUGGUCGAGAAUUUAGAUGAAUAAACUUCAAAUCUGUGGUCAGUUAGUAAAGAUAGUGCCUUAAUAUUAAAAAUUCCUCUGACGAUUUUGGAUAUGUGAGUUCAAGUUGAUCAGCGGGCAGACAGUGUCGUGUACACCGCCAAGGGCAGAAUCAUCUCGGCAAGUCCUUCUAAAAUUUGCCGCUGUUUCAGUGCAGCUGCUCUGCCCUUCAGUAUCUGAUGGUCAAACAUGAAAUCAUUGAUUAAUGAUCGAGAGCCAGCCGUGUUCAUUGACUGAUCAGCUCCUCCCAAACCUUGUUUAUAAAACAACAUUUCAUCUUCGGAACACAGUUUAAGAUGUUUUAAUGUUAGAUUUAGCCGAGAGCUUUCUGUCCCUCCAUAGAAAAUCUAUGUAAGGUUUCCAUGUCCAGAAAGGUAAUAAAAACAUAAUCAAAGUAGUCCAUGUGACAUCAGUGGGUCAGUUAGAAAGUGUUGAAGCAUCGAAAAUACAUUUUAAAUCCAAAAAUAGCAAGAAUUACGACUUUAUUCAGCAUGGUCUUCUCUUUCGGUUCUGUUGUGAACUGCGUGAAGUCACGUGACUGUAGUGACGCGGCUGACCUGUUCCUCAGACAUGUUUGUUACGUUUUUUUUUCAAACUUAUAGCGUGCAUCUCCCCAGACUAUAAACAAAGCUUGGGCGCAGAAAAACAAAAGAAAAAAAAGAAGCUGGGGCGGAACAGAUAACAGUCAGCCGCGUCCUACGUCAGCCGCGUCACUGGCUUGCUUGACUUUAUGCGGCACUGCAGUCGGAUGACCAUCUAUCUGUCUGUUCUUGCAGCGCAGCAUGAAAAAAAGUCACACAGAGAUUGUUGAAUUCGUUAUAUAAUUGGCUACAUGUUUUGUCUAUCAAUAUUUUCCAUGAAGUCAUUGGCUGAUGGAGGAAUGAGCGAGCGAUUGGUUACAUUCCUAAAGGACGUCACGUUUUCGAUGGCACUGUUUGGAUUACCUGUUAUACUACCUCCCUAUUUUAAAUACAAACUUUGAAGGCGGGUUCAUGUGUUUAACGGAACGUAAAUUACCGGAGUGUAAUCUCAUAUACCCUUACGUUACGAUGUAAAUAGUCCUCAGAUUGUAUAUUAUAUUCUAUUACUAGACAUUCAUGCGAAAUCUGAUGUAAACAAUAGACUAUAUAUCUAUAUUUCAAGGAUUAUAUGGAUUUGUGGACAAAAAUGGUCAUUGGAUAAUUCACACAUCUGAAACAGACUGGAUUCGACUUGUGAUCUACACAAAGGUUUAUUUUUGCAUGUUGUCAUCCGGACUUCUGUCACAAAAUACUACAUAUGAUGCUAGAACAUCUGUAUCUCAAAACGGCUUUACAGGGGGUAUGGCUUAGCUAAAUGAGAUGUAAAUGAGCCAUAUUGUCUCUCCCGGCAGGGAAGUGUUAACUUUUCUUUUUGUAUUUUCUCAGUUUGAGUUUUCCUGAGUUCCUUUAUUCAAAUGGCCACAACUUCGCCAAAUAUUAUCAGAUUUCCAUGUGUUACACAUCGUUAGAAAGCUUAGAAACUGCACUUUUAGAAUCUGUGAAUAACUCAAAAUGCCCCAGAUCCGACUUGUGUCCCUACUUUCCAUGACUGGUCACAUUUAUGUUCUAUAGUAUGUUAACACUGAACCACUGCCUUUGUAUUGUAACUAGAUUUUUUUCUUGUGUUUACUUCAUGUUGUACAAAAGUUUUUUUUACAUUUAAUGAGUAGUUUUAAAUCAUUUUGUUAUAAAUACAUUGAAGCUAA